GUGGGGUGGGGAGGGGUGGCCUGGGCUGCAGCGUGGAAGCUGGGCGGUCGCCGGAGUCAGAGAAAGGCUAGGCCGGGCCCGGGCCGAGCCCUCGGGCUCGGACUGAGCUGGGCCUGCAGCCAAACGGAGGAUGGGGCUGAGGGCGGGGGCUGGAAGGUGCGGGCCCGAGGUAAGGGAACCACUGGCGUUCAAGGUGUGACCCAGCAGAGGCCCCGGAUAAAGAACGCGACUGACGCUCGGGCCCGGCCGGGCGACCGCACCGCCUGGGGCGGGGGGAGGCGGGCGGGAGGUGGGCCAGGAUGAGGCGGAAGUAGGGGCUGGUCUGAGGCACUGCCGAGACUGAGCUCCGAGCCGGGGAAGUCUUGUGGAAGAACGGAGAGCGAUGUGGGUCAGGACAACAGUGACGAUUGAAAGAUGGACUGAGGAAAAACCCGGGCACGAGGACAAGAGGAAGAGCUGUGUUUUUUCCCUUCCUCCCUUCCUCCCCUUCUCACUUUCGCAGCUCUAGUGCGGGUUCGCUGGAGCCUCUGAGGCUGGGGAGCUUGGCCCGCUGCCCACUGGGAAGAUUCUGUACUGAUGAGUAUCACUUAUAUAAACAGGUUACCCGGCUGGGAGAGAAGACAUCUGCCUGAGGCAGCACCUAGCACUGAUGCAUCUACCUUCUCUGAAGGGGAACAUAAAGAGCCUGAGAGAUGCUGCUGGAAACACACACAGUGUGCCGGACACGUCAUCCAACCCUUCACUGACUGUGGCCACCACAAGCUGUAUCUACACACUGUUACCCACUGUGACUGUGACUCCAGGCUAAAGGACUGCUCAGAGAAGGCAAAUAGCAGCAGCUGUUGGGACUCGAACUCAACCUGCUCCCAAGAUGUGGGCCCAACAUGCUUCAACAUCAUCCAGAGCCCUUGCUACCCACUCAUCCCAGACGAAGAGCGUGUGGAGCGGUUCUGGUAUGGCUGGCGCAAAAGCUAUAGGCCUAUCUCUGUGGCAGUGAUCCACCAUCCUAUCCACCAUGAGUGCAGGACAGAUGACCUAAACGAGGAUGCAGAUGAAGAGGAAGAGGAAGAAGAAGCAGCAGAAAGAGGAGGAGGAGAAGAAGAAGAAAGUCAGGCUUUCAUCCCAACCCAGGUGGGACCCACUGUUCUGCCCACAGACCCAGGCCUGGGCACAGUCCCUGGGGCCCCUGACUCAGCCGCGCCCAUCACCAUCUGGCGUUCUGAGAGCCCUACAGAGAAGAGCCCCUGCAGCAAGGUGAUCAAGAAGAUAAAGAAGAAAAAGGAAAAUGAAAAAGACAAAGGGGAGGAAAUGAGUGAUGAGAAGGCAAAACCAAAGAAAAAAGCCAAGAAGGGGAAGUUGACAAAGAAGAAAAGUCCACUGAAAUCAGAGUCUUCACCUGCAGAUUUGAGCCAAUCAUUAAGCCCAAGAGAGUUGGUCCGGACGUCAGAGUCCAGCCCAGAUAGCCAAGCAGACCUGGACAGUGAGGACAGUUACCGUAAUAGGAAGCAAGAGGAGCCCUCCAGUGAGGAUUUCAUGGAGUCAUCAUCACCCAGAAAAAGAGAGAAGAGCACCACCCAGGCCAAGAAGAAUGGGACAAAGACCUCCCACACCAGAAAGGUGACCAAGAGGAAAUCUCCGCCAGUGUCCAGCCCCAAUCUCAGUUGAGGGCAGGGUGAAGAAUAAAUGACAUCAAGCCUGUAGCUGACCUGCUGCUGUUCUUCGAACAGAGCUACUUCUUGGGGGAGGCAGUGGGCUCAGGGCAUAUCGGAACCAAGUUUCAGGAAGUACAGGAGUUUUCUAAAGGCAAUGCAACUUCCAAGGAAAUCCAUGGGAAGAUAAAUGGGAGGGAAGUUGGGUAUAGCUGUUUCUUUGUAACAUCCUAGGACCAGGGUAGAAGAGUACCUCUGGGGUUUGGGCAGGAGGAUAGGCUUCCUGCCCUUGGGAGACUGGUACGUGUGAAAACCACUUCUGGGAUAGGGCAGCAUCAUGCAUUAAUACCACCAAUAAACUGGACUUUCUCACCCUC